GGCGCGCGCGGAAUGCAGUAUCCGGUAGAAAGUAACGGUACUUUUAAGGAAACUGCUCACCAACAGGCAACCAGCAACCAGAAGCCAGUGGAGUGGGUGGAAGCGGUCGCUCCUCGGAUUGUUCCGCACUCUACGUUUUGUGGCUUUCCAGAGGAAUAAGAAAUAAAAUCAAUCAAAGCAGGAGGACGAAAGCACUGAAGAGGUGAAGAACUUUGAACAGAGUGUGUUUGUCGGCCUGUCACUGUGGUACAAACAUGACUGAGGUGGUGCAGGUGGCAGCUGUAGAUGCCCACGACGUGGAGGAUAAAGAAAGCGAUGUGACAGCCAAUGACGUCGAGGGUAGAGGCGAGAGAGCAUCCACAGAAGAUCAGGAACCUCGUGGCAGGAAUGAAACGGCGAGCGAUGAGACCGACAAGACACACGUGAACGGCUUGGAGCACGAAGAAAAGAAAGAGCAACAUGAGAGCUCGGGAGAUGUUAAUGGUGUUUCACAGAAGGAGGAGGACGAGGAGGAGGAAGAGCCUGAAACAAAUGAAGACCAGAACAUUUCUGAUGUGGCGUUCAAAAAAGAGAAACUCCUCAGAUCCAGAAAGCUGGUGGCAAGAAGCUACGUGCCGAAGCUCAACAAAGACAAGGAGAACGUGACGAGCAAGUUUGAGGCCAUGCAGAAGGCCAGGGAGGAGCGCAGCAGGCAGAGGAACAGGGACGAGCAGCAGAAGAGGAAGGAGCAAUACAUCAAGGAGAGAGAGUGGCAUCGCAGGAAGCAGCAGAUAAAAGAACUGCUUGCUUCCAGUGAUGAGGAAGAGGAGGUGAAGCCGGCGAAGGUGGAAAAAUCUUACGUCCCCAAAAUCAAAGGUAGCGUGAAGGGGAAGUUUGCAGAGAUGGAAAAACAAAGACAGGAGGAGGAGAGGAAGAGGAUGGAGGAAGAGAGGAAGAAGAGGGAGGCCCAGGAUAAGCUGGAGAAAGCCAAAAUCCAGAAAGAACUGGCUCAAAAAGCCGCUGAGGAAGGAGAUGACACAAUCCUGGUGCGCGUGGUCCCGGCGAAGCCGUCACGACCUCCCGGCAAAAUCAAAGUGAAUUUUGAAGACAUGGAGAAGAAUCGAGAGGAGGAGCUGAAAAGGAAGGCAGAAGAGGAGAAAAAAAGACGCUACGACGAAAACAAGCGCUCCUUCCGGGAAGUGAAGAGACGCUCAGUUAAUCAACAGGAUGAAGAGGAGAAAGCUUCUGAUAAGGUUCAAGUGACUCCUGGAAAGCUGAAACUGACAUUUGAGGAGCUGGAGAAAGAAAGGCAGGAGCAGAGGAAGAAGCAAGCUGAGGAGGAAGCCAAACGCCGCCUGCUAGAGGAGAAGAAAGCUUUUGAGGAGGCCAGGCUGGGAAUGGAAGAAGACGAGGAAAGCACGGGACAGGAAGACAAGGAGGAGUUUCGCCCAGGAAAACUGAGACUGAGCUUUGAAGAGCUGGAGAGACAAAGGGUAGAGGAAGAGCGCAAGAAAGCAGAGGAAGAGGCCAAGAGACGGAUGGAGGAGGAGAGAAGAGCUUUUGCUGAAGCCAGGAAAAGCAUGCUCGUAGACGAGGAUGACGAGGUGCUGAUGGCCUUGCUGAACCUGGAGGGCAGUGAGCCCGGGAAGAUAUGUGUCAGCUUUGAGGAGCUGGAACGCCAGAGGAGAGAGGAAGAGCAGAAACGGGCAGAGGAGGAGGCUAAGAGGAGACUGGAGGAGGAAAAGAGGCUGUUUGCUGAGGCCCGCAAGAGCAUGAGCCCUGGUCUGGAUCAGGAAAAGUCUGCAUGUGGAGAUGAAACAGUACUAGAUGAGGACGAAGGGAUGGUAAAGAGCGAGUCUCAGGAAGCCCUGCACCCCAGGAAACUGGAGAUCAACUUUGAAGAGCUGCUGAAAGAGAAGGAGGAAGCUGAGAGGCGACGCAAGGCAGAGGAGCGCAAAAAGAAAAUGGAGCAAGAGAAGCAGGAAUUCGAACAACUCAGACAAGAGAUGGGCGAGGAAGAAAUAAAUGAAAGCUCGGAUGUUGUAAGCAAAGAGUACGAAGAGCUCACUAAGCUCAAGAGAACCGGCUCCAUUCAGGCCAAAAGCCUCAAGUCCAAGUUUGAGAAGAUCAAGCAGCUGACUGAGGAGGAGAUUCAGAAGAAGAUCGAGAUGGAGAGAGCCAAGAGGAAGGCCGUCGAUGAUGAAAUCAAGGAGAGAGAAGCUGAGCGCUUCCAGGAGGAUGAGGACCAGGAAACGACUCCAGCGAGGGCCGAAGAGUCACCGUUCAAACAGAAAGUGGACAUGCGAGCCCGCUUUGAGCAGAUGGCCAAAGCAAGAGAGGAGGAGGAACAGAGGAGGAUAGAGGAGCAGAAACUGCAGAGGAUGCAGUUUGAGCAGCAGGAGAUUGAUGCCGCGCUCCAAAAAAAGGAUGAUGACGUGGAGGACGAGGGUAGCAUCAUUAACGGCUCUGCGGCUUACGAAGAUGAGGAGGAUCACGCCAGGUCAGGGGCCCCGUGGUUUAAAAAGCCCCUCAAAAACCAGUCGGUGGUGGAUUCUGAGCCAGUUCGGUUCACCGUAAAGAUCACCGGGGAACCGAAGCCAGAGGUGACCUGGUGGUUUGAGGGAGAGGUGCUCCAAGAUUGUGAGGACUAUCAGUACAUAGAGAGAGGAGAGACAUACUGCCUCUACCUGCCGGAGACCUUCCCCGAGGACGAGGGAGAGUACAUGUGCAAGGCCGUGAACAGCAGAGGCACGGCAGCAAGCACCUGCAUCCUCACAAUAGAAACUUACGACUACUGAUGCCGCCUCGUGUUCUGGAGAGUUUCCCUCUGUCUCUCCCUCCUGUUGUAAAACGUCGUCCCUCCUGGCAUUGUCAAACAGAGGGAAGGAAAUAGCAGUAUGCCUGGCAUUCCUAAGGGAGGGACACAUAACACACAUAUGCAAAAAACAAAGACAAGAUGUUGUUUACGUAUUGCUCAAAUGUAAAGCUGCACUCCCCUCUAGGAUGGAAGAUGAUACCUGUGCCAAAAACAGACGUGAUUCUUGUUCCCACGACAAGGGCUGCACCAAAACGUCAAAACGAUCUCUCCUGCGCGGCCCUGGCAAUAUUCGUCACACCAGCACAUUUCCUGCAUUGUUCUGUAAAUAUCACACGUUUUGGUCCAUAAAUGGCAAAUGUUAAGUUUGAGGUAUUGAAAUGUUAAAUGUAAGAUGUGCAUUCACUUAAAGAACAGCAGUUAUAUGGACGAUUUAGAGGCAGCCACAUGUUGCAGGAGCAAAACAGCUGCAUCCCUGAGUUUUACUUGCAGCCUCUACAGAUAAACAUGCACCAUUUUUGUGUUAAAUGUGCUACACUUAAAGUUGUCGAGGGGUGAUUAUGAAUAUAAAAGUAGACUUUUCCGAUUAUUUGUCGUAUAUUAUAAAUAGAAAAAAACCUUUUAAUAAAAUGAACACAAAGAA